AUGCGAGACGCCGUCCUGCUCCGGUGCGACGCCACCAUGGCCGGCUAUGCCGCCGGUUCCACCUCUUACGGCAGCAGCGGCGGCAGCGGCAGGAGGAGCGGCCGGUACUUUCCGGCUCCGGCGGCGACUGCCAAGCAACGCCGCGCGCCGGCUCCGGCCGGGAGCGGCCGGAAGACCGACGGAGGUGGAGGGUACUUCGGGCCGGAGGCGGCGGUCGUGCUGGCGCUGAUGACGGCGGCGCUGCUGGUGCUGCCGCUUCUGCUGCCCCCGCUGCCGCCGCCGCCGCCGCUGUUCUUGUUCGUGCCGGUGGCCAUCCUGGCCGUGCUGCUCCUGCUCGUGCUCCUGCCCUCCGACGCCAGGGGCCUCCGCGUCGCGCCAUCCUACUUGUAGCCAGCUAGCAUAGCAUUUCUAAAUCAAAUCGUGCGCUCGCUCUCUCGCUCGCCGUCGUCCUCCUCGCCGCUGCCUUGUACAUGUAAUUAGCUAUCGCGGGGUUCGUUUUUUUUCUUGGAGACUAGUUGAUGGAGAUUUUGCUCGGACUAAUUAAUUAAUUUCUUGCUGGAAAAAAAGUGUCUCCGGAAGAGUAGAGUUGUACGUAGUAUCUCUGAAUUUUAACCACAAGACAGUCAGGAUUAUCUCUGAA